AUGCGCCCAGUCCUGCGCCCCGAAGGGCCCGGGGCCUGGCCAGGCGGCCAUGUUGGGGCUUCGGCUCCGCCGGGCGGGCCUGGAGACCGGAAGCCGCCCUGCUCGGGGCCCCGGACCCGCGAGCGCGCCCUCACCGCCCCGCGCCCAUGGGGGGCCUUUUGUUCCCCUCCCGGGCCCCCGCCCGCCCGGCUCCCUCCUCCCCGCCGCCCGCCCCACCGGCACCCCUGGGCCGCGGGGCUGCCCGGGGCCUGGCCGCGGAGCCCGGCCUCUCCCACGGGGCGUCCGGGGACGGGAAGGGCCUCGGCGCCGUGGCGGCCAUUUUGCGAGCGGCCAUGUUCCCCGGGCCCGCGGGUGGGGAGGCCCCCGCCCCGGCCCCAGCCCCGGCCGCGGCCCCCGCCCCGACGCCUCCCGCCAUGGGCCGGGACGCCUUCCCACCCGCCAUGUGGCUUGGUCCGCGACGGCCUCCCAGGCGGGAGUCCCGCCCGGCCUUCCGGAGGGGAGACCGAGGCCGGCGAGGAAGUGCCCGACCCAGCACCCCGGCGGGCAGGUGCGGCCCUGGACCGGCCGCGGGCUUCGCCGCUCAGGCCUCUCCAGAAAGGAGACCCCGGCCCGUGCCCUGACCCCUGGGAAGCGCGGAGGCGGGUCCGGGCCCCCAGAGAAGGCCUGAGACCACAUUUACUCGACGCCCGAGUGGGGAGUCCCGGGAAGCCACCGCCCUCAGGGAAGGCAGCCCAUCCACCGUCCCUCCCCGGUCCGCCCAUGACGGCCCUGCGGGGCAGGCGGGCACAGGCUGGUAGCAUGGAAUUUCAGGACCGCUGCCCACCCACCCUUGAGAGGCCAAGGGACUGGGAGAGGGGACCUGGGGACUCCCAGCACCCCUGGCCCCUUGUGUGGAGUCACAGCAGCUGCGCUCAGGACCUGCACUCACUCACUGGUUCCUCCAUCUCACUCCACCCCAUGCUUACAGAGCUGCAGCAGCAGUGACGUCUCAGUGAGCCCCCCGGCGUGGCCGCGUGGGGCUGGCGGGGGGCCGCCACGCUGGGGCUGUGGCAGGAAGAGGCAAACAGGGUAGACUUGGUGAUGACGGGAUGGGACGUGGAGGGGACAGAGGAGAGGGAAGAUUUAUUGAGUUGAAUAAGACCCCAGGCCUUCCCUUAAGGAGCCACAGCCCAGGAUGAGAGACAGUUCAGUAAAGAGCCAGUGUGGCUGCAAGACACGGGGCCUGGGAGCUCAUCACAGGCUGGGAGGAUGAAGAAGAAAGGCUUCCUGGAGGAGGUGACUGUAGGUGGAGCAUCAAAAGAGGAGUAGAAGUUUACCAGGCAAAGAAAUUGAGAGAUAGGGCAGGAAAGGAGCUGGCACUGGGGGCAAAGCUGAGGAGGAGAAAGUAAAUGGCAUAUGAUGGGGUGGGAGGCCCUGCCAGGCCAUGUGCUGGAGCAGAGUGGAGGGGAGGUGGGAGAGGUGGGCAGAGGGGAGGAGCGGUGUGCGCUGCAGAGGGUAGUGAGGGGGCUCCUGAGGAUCUAAGGUGCCCUGCUAAGGUAUAUGGACUGGAUCCUGAGGGAAGUGGGUGGUCACUGGAGGACUCUAGGGUUAGAUUUGUGUUCUAGAAAGAUCUUAUGGGCCAGUCUGUGCUACUCUGGUUUAUUACUGUUUUCCCAGCACCCAGCUUAGUGCCUGGCAUACACUAGGUGCUCAAUAAAUGUUUUG